AUGAGCAAGAUCUCUGACUUUGGCCUCCUCUCCUUCGACGUCUACGGCACUCUCAUUGACUGGGAGACUGGCGUUCUGAAUGGCCUCAAGCCCCUUCUCCAGUCCAACAAUGCCGAAAUCUCCCGAGAACAGCUCUUGAAGAUCUACCAUGAGGCUGAGGUUGCGCAACAGGAAAAGACUCCUGACAUGAAGUAUUCCGAGCUUCUGACUACAGUCCAUCCUCAUGUUGCAGAGCGUCUCGGCUUCUCUAAGCCCACAUCUGAACAAAGCAAGGCCUUUGGCGACUCAAUUGGUUCAUGGCCGGCAUUCCCUGAUACUGUUGGUGCUCUCCGUCGUCUCGGCAAACAUUACAAGCUCGUUGUUCUGUCUAAUGUCGAUCGCGAAUCCUUCUCCGGCAGCAAUGCAGGUCCUCUCCAGGGCAUUCCCUUCGACCUGAUCAUCACUGCACAAGACGUUGGAAGUUACAAACCUAACCUCAACAACUUCAAGUAUAUGUUGCGGGAAGUCGAGGCCAAGUUUGGUAUCCCCAAGGAAAAAGUGCUGCAGACUGCGCAGAGCCAGUUUCAUGAUCAUCAGCCCGCGAAGCAGAUGGGCAUCAAAUCAAGCUGGAUUGAGAGACCUGGAGCUAGUAUGGGCAUCACAAAGGAUCCUGUAUAUAAUUGGAAGUUUGCCACACUUGGAGAUAUGGCUGAUGCGUUGGAGAAGGAACUUGCUAGCUGGUAA